AUGACCAGAGGUGGACUUGUGAUGGUUAAUUUUAUGUGUCAACUUGGUUGGGCCACUGUGUCCACAUAUGUGGUCAAACUUUGUUCUGGAUGUUUCUAUGAAGUGGCUGGCAACCUCGGCGGAGACGCGAUCCCCAAGACCACCGCGGCAGGAGGCGCCAAGGGAAAGGUGCCCAAAAAGGUCAUCGCCAAGAGGGUGCGAGGCUCCGUCAAGUGGUUUAACGUGAAGAACGGGUACGGUUUCAUCAGCAGGCAUGAUACCCAAGAAGAUGUGUUCGUUCACCAGACGGCCAUCACCCGGAACAACCCUCACAAGUACCAACGCAGCGUGGGCGACGGCGAGAUGGUCGAGUUUGAUGUGGUGCAGGGCGAGCGGGGCACCGAGGCCGCUAACGUGACCGGGCCAGCGGGUGCCCCAGUGCAGGGCAGUCGCUACGCUGCCAACCGCCCCCGCUUCUGCAGGGGCUUCUACAUCUGCCGCCGUGGGGCCACCCCUGCACGGUUCCCAGGCGCUGAGGAAGACGUCGACGAAGGUGAGGCCAGUGGCGAAGGCUUCACCAAGGCCCAGGGCCAGAGGCGCCGCCUGCCCGGCGGACCCCAAGACCAAAAGCUGCAGCGCUUUCCGCCCUUCCGCAGGGCCUGGGCCCUGUCUCGCGGCCCUUCGAUCCUCGCUCCCACCAGCGGCCCGCGGCCUGCCCACCUGCCCGCGUCUGCCCCAGCCUCAAGGCCCGAGUGCGCCCCUCGGCGGGGGCCCGGCCCCAGCUACCUGCUGAGUCGCCCUAGGGCUCGAGGCAUCACUCCUGGUCCAAGACCCUCAGCAGGCAUUUCUGAGGAGCUGGAGGCGGAAGACAAGGAAAGCGGGCGUGACGACGGAGGGCCGAAGCAGAAGCCCCCACCACGCUACGGAUCCCGCCGCCCCAACAACCCACGCCACCGCCCGCAGCAGGUGCCCGGUGCCCAGGGCCAGGUCAACGUGGGAGGAGAAGGCAAGACCAGGGAAGGGCCCUGCGGAAACACCCGUUUCGGUUGCUGUGGCCAAGAAGAACAGCGCCGCUGA